ACGAGAGAGCACAGCACAGCACAGCACAGCACAGCACAGCACAGCACAGCACAGCACAGCACAGCACAGCACAGCACAGCACAGCACAGCACAGCACAGCACAGCAGAUGCUGUGUCAUGAUGAAGAGGGCGAUAAGAGGAUUAGUGGAAAUGAUCCUGGGGAGCGAUACUCCCAGGACAGACCUUGUGCUAUCGUUGGAUUCUAGUCCUACUUUUUGA